AUGGUUAUUGAUUUAAAUGAUUACCGUAUUCUCGGAGGCCGACUAGCGACUAUGAGUAUUUUAUUAACAAUACAACUUGGAUAUCUUAAUCUGCCUUUCAUCAUCAAAAGAUCCAUUCGUACACUUGUAACAGAUGAAGAGGAUGAAGAUGAAGAAAGAAUUAAACCUCGAUGGCCCUUCAGCCAAACUAUGCUUAGUUUAUCAGGUUUUAUUCAAACAUUACCUCAUUUAUACCCAACAUUAGAAAAUCAUAUAUUGCAGUUAGCUCCACAAUCAAAACAGUUUGAAAAAGAAACUAUUCGAAUUUUGUCAGAGACAUUCAAACAAUCAUCCGCUCAAAACGGAAACACUAUUCACGGUGUCAUCCCUUUAGAUCACGAAUUGUUCGGCAUCUUGUCUAGUACAGAAGAGCCAACCGUUUUCACUUUACAAAUUAUAGAGCAUAACGUUGUAUAA